UGGCAAUCACAUGACUACAAGUAUUUUAUGUAGCAUGUUUAUGGUUUCUGACCGCUCCGAUUUAAAUCGACUUGUGUAUUAAAGCAGCUUGCUAAAAACACUUAAAACUGCAGAUUUAACUCCGGUAGAAAUGAGAAUAAGUAUCAAUGGAAACGACUGUUGCUUUCGGUAGCUAGCUGGCUAACUGAGUGAGUAAUGUUAGCUAGUUUGGCAGAUUCAUUCAGAUCGCCAAGACAAAAGUCUGAGUUAGUUUCUGAUGAGUAUUUCGUCUUAUGCGUUUAUUGUGACGUUUUGGACUUAUAUGUUUGUUUAGUUUCGUCCUGCAGCUUGUCUGUCUAUACUUCGACCUUUUGAGUUUAAAGGACUUAAAAUGCCUCAAACAGCAGCUAUCAUCAGUGGGAUCCAGAGGAUGGUUUUGUACGAAACAAGAGCAAGAUACUUUUUGGUUGGCAGCAACCAUGCACAGACCAAACACAGAGUCCUAAAGAUUGAUCGCACAGAACCAAAGGAUCUGGUGAUAAUUGAUGAUAAGCAUGUGUAUAACCAUCAAGAGGUACGGGAGCUAUUGGGCCGCCUGGACCUGGGGAACCGCACCAAAAUGGGCCAAAAGGGCUCAUCCGGUUUGUCCAGGGCUGUCUCAGCUUUUGGCAUUGUAGGCUUUGUGCGUUUCCUCGAGGGUUAUUACAUUGUACUGAUCACCAAGCGCAGAAAGAUGGCUGAUAUUGGCGGCCACUCCAUUUACAAAAUUGAGGACACCACCAUGAUCUACAUCCCCAAUGACUCGGUCAGAGUCUCACAUCCGGAUGAAGCAAGAUACGUGCGAAUCUUUCAGAAUGUGGACCUUUCCAGCAACUUCUACUUCAGCUACAGCUAUGACCUGAGCCACUCGUUGCAGUACAACCUGACAUUGCUGCAAAGACCUUAUGAACUGUGGUCGGCUGCGGCUCCCUCCACCAAGGAGGAGGUGCACGCACAGGGCAAGCAGGACAGCUUUGACAUCUUUGAGGAUGAAGGUUUGCCUACACAAGUGGUUUACGGCAUUCAGAACAAGCCGUACUACAAGUACGUGUGGAACGGGAAGCUCCUUGAGAAAAUCAAGGACAUUGUGCAUCCGGACUGGCUCAUGUACAUAAUCCAUGGCUUUUGUGGGCAGUCCAAACUACUGAUCUUUGGUCGACCGGUUCACAUCACCCUCAUUGCGAGGCGCUCUAGCAAAUUCGCCGGGACUCGCUUCCUGAAAAGAGGCGCCAACUGUGAGGGGGAUGUAGCUAAUGAGGUAGAGACCGAGCAGAUUGUCCACGACGCCUCAGUUAUGUCUUUUACAGCAGGAAGCUACUCCUCGUACGUCCAGGUGCGAGGUUCUGUCCCACUUUACUGGUCUCAGGACAUUUCUACCAUGAUGCCAAAGCCGCCCAUAAGAUUGGACCAAGCAGAUCCAUAUGCUAAUAUAGCUGCCCUGCAUUUCGACCAAAUGCUUCAGCGGUUUGGCUCACCCAUCAUCAUCUUCAACCUGGUUAAGAAACGUGAAAAGAGGAAACAUGAAAAGAUUCUCAGUGAAGAGCUCUACCCAGCUGUGAUCAACCUCAAUCAGUUCCUCCCUCCAGACCACCGCAUUGACUACAUCGGCUGGGACAUGGCCCGCUACACCAAGAGCAAAUUAUGCAAUGUUUUGGACCGCUUGAGCAUGAUAGCAGAGAAUGUGGUGAAGCGAACGGGUUUCUUCAUCAAUCGCUCUGACUUCUACUGUCACACCCUCAGACCGGACGACAGGUGGCGAGAUAUAGGUGGAUCCGUUACAUCCACUGGACGACUACAGACUGGUGUGUUGAGGACCAACUGUGUUGAUUGUUUGGACCGUACAAAUACAGCCCAGUUUAUGGUGGGCAAAUGUGCUCUGGCUUAUCAACUGUAUGCGCUAGGAAUGAUUGACAAGCCCAAGCUACAGUUUGAUACAGACUGUGUCAGGUUAUUUGAAGAGUUGUAUGAGGACCAUGGAGACACUUUGUCUCUGCAGUAUGGCGGCUCUCAGCUGGUCCACAGGGUAAAAACCUACCGCAAGAUCGCACCCUGGACGCAGCACUCUAAAGACAUCAUGCAGACAUUGUCGCGGUACUACAGCAAUGCUUUCUCAGAUGCAGACAGACAGGACGCCAUCAACCUGUUCCUCCAGGUUUACCAACCAUCAGAGGGUAAGCCACAUCUGUGGGAGCUUCCCACUGACUUUUAUCUUCAUCAGAGAAGCACCAUGGCUCUUCAACACAACAGACGCAGCUACACACUUUGGUGGUCAGAGGGAGUCCUGUCUAACCUACCGGUACCAUAUGAUGAAGUCGCCUGUGAAGACACAAUGAAGACCAUCAAAGUGAAGAGGAUGAACCAGUUUGAUGAAAGUGUUGACAUCUACACAGAGUUCUUUAAACCAUAUGAGCUCACCUCCUUUGAUGACACUUUUUGCAUUGCCAUGACCAACUCUGCAAGGGAAUUUAUGCCAAAAUCGGUGGGAGUGGAUCCAAGUCCAUUCACAGUUCGCAAGCCAGAGGAAACUGGGAAAUCAGUGCUGGGCAAGAGCAGCAAGGAAGAGACCGUUCUCCAAAGGAAGACUGCCGCCAGUGCACCUCCUCCCCCCAGUGAGGAGGCCAUCUCCACUACAUCUGAGGACGACUCAGAGGAGGACCGGGAUGACGAAGGGCCCGUUUCACAGCGUUCGACCCCGAUCAAACUGCUGACAGAGCCUGGUGAAAGCAGUCGCACCCAAGAGGAGAUCCAGCCACAGCAAACAAUGAAGGAGCCUUAUGGUCAUAAUCUUGCAGAGUGUCCUGCAGAAGGAGAUUUGCUCAUUUAUGAAAGGUUUGCACAUCUUGGUGAGAGCCAGCACACAGUGGAGAAAACAGAACACAUCAACUCUGCAAACAUCAUUUGCUUAGAACCAGUGUCCCGCUUCAAGGGUGACAGCAUCUACGCCGUCUCUCUUCCUCAGGUGGACAGAGGCAGUCACGAAAUGUUCAAGAGCCAUGUGAUGACGGGUCUGGGCCAGGUGAGGUUGCUGUGCAGGGAGGACAUGUUGAUGUACAGGGAGUACGUGAAGAACAGAUACAUGUGAAACCCAGAAAACUGGAACUGGAUUGUUAUGAAGGCAAAACAACGUUUCACUUUAAAAUAUUCUUUUACAUGUUUGUGAAUGUUAUCGAUGUACAGAAGACCCAAACGCAGUUAAAUAUGGACUUAAAGAAAUAAAAACCAACAAGCCUUUUUUAUAUCGUCUGUUUUAAUAUGUUUUCAACAAUUGUUUUUAUUUAUGCAAACUGCCCUUACAAGGCUACUUCUAUAUUACUUUUUAUUUGAUUUUAACGUUAUUUAAAUUGUAAUCACAGCCUUUUUUUUGACAAAGUAACUGCAGAUUAAAGAAAAAUUAGUUUAAGCAAAGUGAUGUAAAUAAUUUUGAAUCUUAUAUAUUGGAUGCAAUGCUUACUGAGUGUGUAGCCUCCCCAACCUCAGUGUAGUGUUGCCUCAUGUCUUAACUCACUGUGCAAGGAGCUGCAAGAACCCUCAGCACUGAACUGUCUGUAAAAGAAAUCAUUAUUUCUCAUCUCUGACGAUUCUUUUAUACCUUUUUUCGAUGUGUUUUUUUGUUUUACAUAUUUUUAUCUUUCAAAAAACAUGUCUUUUUAUUUUGUAAAUACAAAGUGUUUCUGUAAACUUUUUAAAAAUAAUUUUCUGAACUCAAUCUAUUUUUCAUCAUAUUAAAUCAUUUUAACCCAUAUGCCAUAAAACUACCAGACUCAACAAAGUUGUACGCUUUUUUUUUUUUUUCAAAUUUUGUGUAAACAUAUUCAUAAGAUAUUUAGUAGUAAAAUAAACAUCUAUUUAUCAAAA